UUCGUUGACACCCAAUGAAUGCUAAGUGAAAUAGAUGGAGUCUCGCCCCAGGGGGCGGCGAUUAGGAACGCUCAUCUUCCUAGCACCGCUAGCACCUGGAGUUGAGGCCAUCAGUUCUGCAGACUGUUGGGUUGGAGGCUGGACCCCCGAGAUUUGUUGCAGCGCUCCAGGUGCCAAAGGCAACCCACUCUGUUGGGAUUCUGUCUUCACCUAUGACCGAUGCUGCACGGAAACGGAGGAAGGCAUACAGUUCGACCUCCGGCGACGCAACUUUGUGGCCGACAUGGUCCGAAGGGGGGCCACGGUCCACUUUGACAUUCGGCAUGUCUCUGGCGGACGCACGGGGGCUGUGGCAUCCAGGGCGCUUUCUGCCCGUUCGACUGUCCUCAGAGUUCCGUCCACGCAGGUGUUUUCGCUGAAGAGUGUGCACGCUGCGGUCAUUGACGCUUCGAGGCAAAAUGGCUGUGACGCGCAUGCAGUUUUGGGUCUGGGCUUGGCUUUGGAAAGGGUCAACCCCAGUUCAGUACUUGCAGACUGGAUCAAGCUUUUGCCGCUGACAUUUGCCAAUGUUUUAUGGUUUUCUUCCAGGCAAUUGGAGCUGGUACAGAAGACCUUUUUUUCCUAUAUUGUGCAGAACUGGUUUGAAGACCUGGACUGCAUGGGACGUGCUGUUCAACAGAUGAACCCAAAUCUUUGGCGUGGGCGAAGCAUCACCAAAGAGGAUCUGCGGUGGGCAUUGAGCGUUGUGAAGACGCGUGGCUUUGCCUUUGAGGGCACCAGGGAGAGCACCAUGCUGAUUCCUCUGGCAGACUUUCUGAACCACAACAUGGUCGCUAGUGUCCGAACUGCAACACUUGCAGAGGACGCGCUGCGUUUUGUGGCCACGAAGGACGUGAUGCCCGGCGACGAACUGUGCAUCGACUAUGCGCAGGCUUCCAAUUUGGAGUUCUUGGUCCGCUACGGCUUCCGAGUGGAGGACAAUCCUUAUGGAGGACGUCAGUUCGAGCUUGGCGGGGAGCCGAUGCAGGUUCACUGUCCUGCCUACAUCUUGCGAUAUGAUUCGCCUGACAUCAUCGAGAAUUCCAUUAUAGACUGCCAUAGACAGGCUCGCUACUUGUCUUUCCAGCAACAGUUCGGUGAGCUUCAACCUCAUGAACAGUUGCGAGAGGAUCGCUACAUCUACAAGGCAGUUGAGCAGGCCUGUGGGCAGCUGCUGUCGAUGCUGGAGCCUCCGCCACAAGACAUGCUGUCGGAGUACAGCGAGUCCACAGAGUCGACGGGUACCGAGGGCAUCACUGCCGUCUUGCUUCGAGAAAUCAAGCGAGAGCGGGUGUUGCUGUUGCGAUGUGUUCAGGCAUUCCAACAGCGCCAGCAGGAGAGCGACCUGAGACCUGUACCGUCGACCCUGGCAGAACCUUUGGCAAGGUUGCGAAAUGGCCAGGCGCAAGACGCGAACCAGGCCGUGCCGCCGAGCUACGCCCCGGCUUCGCCGCCUUCGGAAGACAUCGAUGUGACGGGGCGCACAGCUCGUAUGCAUGCUGGUGCCGGAGCCGCAAACCGCUUUCUGCCUCCUGGAGACAAAGGCCGUGUUGACCAGCUCUUGCAAAGGCUUCAGCAGGGAAUGUCCAUCAGCUGACCUUUCAGAGAUUCUGAGCGGACGAAGGGAGUUGAGCAGAUCUCUGGUGUCGUAGAGAUCUGGUGCUGGUGCCCCUGGCCUGGUGCCCCGCCUCUUGACAUUUCCGGUGUUUCAUCCGAACGAAGAUGUUUUCUUGCCGAAAUCAAAGGAGCGGAGCAGCCACGAAGAAGCAGCCACGGCUUCGAAGCCAGAGCGCCACACAAGGCGCCCACUACACAUACGAAGCCAAUGGCGUCUGGGGAAGGCCAGGUGCUGAAACAGCCCAUGAAAGACCUCGUGUGAAAAA